CUGAGAACCACAAAUUCAUCAGCAAAAGAUAUCAUUUUUGCUCACUCAGAAUACAGAUUUUGAGCAGGUAGCUAUAAGCAGCUGUGGGGCUUUCUUCUAUCAGCCAAAACUUGCAGAAAAUGGCAGCGGCUGCUUCCACCAUGGCCAGCCACCUCAAGACCAACUUCGCUUCCUCAUUCACCAGAGCACUCGCCACCCCCAGAGGCAUCUCCGGCGCUCCAUUCAGAGUCUUGCCCUCCACCUCGAGGAGGACCUCUUCCUUCACCAUCAAGGCUGUCCAGUCCGACAAGCCUACUUUCCAAGUCAUUCAGCCCAUCAAUGGUGAUCCAUUCAUCGGAAGUCUCGAGACCCCAGUCACAUCGAGCCCUUUGAUCGCCUGGUACCUAUCCAACCUCCCGGCCUACCGGACGGCUGUCAACCCUCUUCUCCGGGGGGUGGAGGUGGGGCUGGCCCAUGGCUUCCUCCUCGUCGGGCCGUUCGUGAAGGCAGGCCCCCUCAGGAACACCCCCUAUGCAGGUGGAGCGGGGUCCCUGGCUGCAGCAGGCCUGGUUGUGAUCCUUAGCAUUUGCUUGACGAUUUAUGGGAUCGCAUCAUUCAAGGAAGGCGAGCCAUCGACUGCGCCGUCAUUGACGUUGACUGGGAGGAAGAAGCAGCCUGAUCAGCUGCAAACCGCUGAUGGAUGGGCUAAGUUCACCGGCGGGUUCUUCUUUGGUGGGAUUUCUGGUGUUGUUUGGGCUUAUUUCCUGCUUUAUGUUCUUGACCUUCCUUACUAUGUGAAGUAGAGGGGAGUUUUGAGUUUAUGUGUAAUUAUUAUUGAGGAAGGAGAAAUGGAAGUUCAGGAUGUUGUAUAUUUCAAGAUUAAGUGCUUUGAUGUAUGAAAUUUCUUUAGCUUGAGUUGAUACACUUAUUUCUUGAUGAAA